GCCGGCUGCGGGUCCACGUUUCCGUUGUGCGCAGGGUCCGUGUGCGCCCCGCCCUCAGCUCUGUGCUCGCCAAUCGCAACUCGGGGGCGGGCCCUGGCACUAUAUAAACGAACCUGGCUCGCUAACAAGCCUUUUCGAGGGCGGCGACUGAUUGAGUGUGGUCUGGUCUGUGGAGCCACCCCAAGAGCCGGAGCUGCCAUAUCCCCUCUUCCACUUCCCGCUGCAAACAAUAAAGGUCAUUCGUACGGUACUAAGUUUGUGUCCGCGUUCUUUUUUCCCGAAGCUGCAGGGUUAGGGAAGCUUUACGCGUCAUUCCGCACAGCGGAUUUUGCAAAUCUUCACUUGGAUCUCAGGCCCCAGCCGGAGUACGGGCGACAUUUUCACACAAGUUUCUCUGGGCGACCUUGCCGGCACCUCCGGAUGGCUGCUUUGCGCCGAACCCUCCAUCUGGCGAGCCUGGCGGCGGGGACGCGCCGCACCGUGGCGGGGCACAUGGCGCCGAUUUUGCAGCAGUUUCAAAGAACCGGCCGCUGGGUGAUGCGUGUCCUCGCCUCGUCCGCAGGUUCCUUGGCUGGUAGCUGCCUGGCGGACCGCUCCCUCUGGGAUAAGCUCCACGCCCAACCCCGUCAGGGCAGCGUCUGCACCUUCGACUGGUUCUUUGGAUACGAAGAAGCCCAGGGGCUCCUGCUGCCGCUGUUGGAAAAGUCACGGGCUGCCUGUCCACCCCGGGUGUUGGACGUGGGCUGUGGGACCUCCAGCUUGUGUACAGGUCUCUAUACCAAAUGCCCGCACCCCGUGGACGUGUUGGGGGUGGACUUCUCUCCCGUAGCUGUGGCCCACAUGAACAGUCUCCUGGAAGGUGGCCAAGGCCAAACACCCCUAUGCCCUGGACACCCUGAGUCAAGCCUCCAUUUCAUGCAGGCUGAUGGCCAGAAUCUGCAGCCACUGGCUUCCUCAGGCUCCUUUCAGCUAGUACUGGACAAGGGCACCUGGGAUGCUGUUGCCCGGGGUGGUCUCCCAGGGGCUUACCAGCUCCUGGCAGAAUGUCUGAGGGUCCUAAGCCCCCAGGGGACCCUGAUUCAGUUCUCAGAUGAGGAUCCUGAUGUGCGGCUCCCCUGCCUAGAGAAAGGGUCCCAGGGCUGGACUGUGACUGUGCAGGAGCUGGGCCCUUUCAGGGGCAUCACCUACUUUGCUUAUGUCGUUCAAGGCUCUGAUUAAAGAUGUUUUAGACCUCA